UAUAAUGGUAUAGUUAUAAUGGUAUAGUUAAACGUUAACUAUACCAUCUGUCCGCAUAAGGAAAUAACAGCUUUUCAUCUUGAUUUUGAGCGCAGCUUAUAGUCUUUCUCCUAUGAAGAGCUGAUUCCCUUUCGUACAGGAAAUAGAAUUAAAGUUGGAGCUCUAGGCUGGACAGUUCGCAUUGAUGUCUUUAACUCUGCCAGAGUUCGUAAAGACACUGUGACAGGUCGUGAGAGUACAUUACUCUUCACACUUCGCGCGAUCUCCACACACUGAGCAGCAGCUAUGGACGGCUUUGAUGUGCAGCAGCUUAUAUUAGAUAUGGAUAUUAACUGGACGCCGGUGAUUGCAGCCACAGUUUGCGGUACAGGUGCAUUAUAUCUCUUCUUGAAAUGGAGAAAUAAUCAGAAGAUUCAGAAGAAAAUACUAAACGCACAGAAGAGACGGGAUAAGUCAGUUCAACAGGCUGAAGAAGCGGUGCAACUAUUUAAAAUACAGAACCCAGACUUUGAGAGCAGCUCAAUAGUGUCUCUGUCUUUGUCUGAGCUCACUAAGAAACUCCAGGACGGCUUCCUGCAGCCAGACGCCGUGCUUUAUGCCUUCAUGGAAAAGGCUCUGGAGGUGAACAAGAAUCUGAACUGCAGCACUGAGAUCUUAAUGGAGUCCGUGGCACAGCUGAAAGACAUCAACACUCAGAAGAAAGGUCUUCUUUAUGGCGUGCCCAUCAGCAUCAAGGACAAUGUCGCAUAUGAGGGUCACGAUACUUCCUGUGGUGUGGUGAGCAAGUUGGAUCAGCCCGCGCUCGAGGACAGUGUAGUGGUUGAGGUCCUAAAGAAGCAGGGUGCCAUCCCGUUCAUCAAGACCAACAUACCGCAAGGACUCCUCAAUUAUGACUGCAGUAACCCCAUUUUCGGGCAAACCUUGAACCCCUGCAACCUUCAGAAGACCUCUGGUGGUUCAUCCGGAGGGGAGGGAGCCCUGAUCGCGGGAGGCGGCUCCAUCCUGGGCAUAGGCACUGACAUCGGCGGGAGCGUUCGUAUCCCAGCAUCCUUCUGUGGCAUUUGUGGAUUCAAGCCCACGGUUAAGAGGCUAAGCCUUCAAGGGAUCAGUUCAUGUGUCAAAGGCCAGAAGUCAGUGUUGUCUUCACUCGGUCCUCUGGGAAGAGACGUGGAGAGCUUGGCACUGUGUAUGCGGGCUCUGCUCUGUCGGGACAUGUUCUCCUUGGACCCUACCGUCCCUCCCAUACCAUUUAACCAAGAGGUGUAUGAGAGCUCCAAGCCCCUGAGGAUUGGUUAUUAUGAGAACGAUGGGUACCUGCAACCGUCUCCAGGCAUGGCCAGGGCCUUCAGGGAGACCAAGGACCUGCUGGAGAGAGCGGGACACACGCUGGUUCCUCUCCAACCCCUGCGGAUCUACCAUGUCUUCCACGAGUUGACUCUCAGAGGGGUCUUGGGUGAUGGAGGUCGUACCCUCUACAGUCAUCUGAAGGCAGGCCCCAUUGACCCAAGCCUCUGUGCGCAGGCCAACUUAAUGAGCACUCCAGGCUUCAUAAAGAAGCUCAUUUGUGCCGUUCUCAAGCCUUUCUAUCCACGGAUGUCUGCCUACAUGGACGCAAGUCUUGGAAUUGGGUCUGUGGGAGAAUUAUGGAGACAGCAUGCCAAUAUUGAGGAGUACAUUCAGGAGGUGAUAGCGGAGUGGAGGAGACUGAACGUGGAUGUUAUGUUGUGUCCCAUGCUUGGACCAGCCUACAAUUUCCAUUACUGCGGGAGACUCAACAGUGCUAUCACCUACACCAUCCUCUACAACCUGCUGAACUUCCCUGCCGGGGUCGUGACCGUGUCCACGGUGACGGAGGAGGACGAGGCACAGCUCCAUCACUACAAGGGUGUCCACGGGGAUUUGUUUGACAGACUCUUCGUUAAGGCGGUGAAGGGUGGCGUUGGUCUCCCCUUGGCAGUGCAGUGUGUAUCUCUGCCGUGGCAGGAUGAAAUGUGUCUGCGCCUCAUGAGAGAGGUGGAACAGCUCACAGCCGAGAGCAGACGCACCAGGAAACAUUAAACUGAAGUUCUGCUGCGUGUGUUUGUGGUCCGCUAACGGUUCGUGAGCAGGCCUUCACUGAGUCCCUGACCGCAGACACAUCCACAGAUGUUUCAGGAAGUCUCACAAUGUUGUUCAUCAAGAGGUAUCGCUGAUUCUGAUGAUGCUUUCAGCUCAGAACAAGUCUAAUACUGUAUCAUAGUGAUAACUCUGUAUGCUGCGUUUUUAUCAUUGCACCUCUUAAUACCUCUUAAUUGUUUACCAAUGAUUGCCCGUGAUUUUGUGUUAAGGUUUUGAAAGAAGGAAUGGUACUGUAACAUGAAUGCACUUAUUUUUACAUUUUAUAAUAUUCUGAAAAUACUAAAAGUAAGCCAUUUGUGUGUUCGUCCACCGGUGGCCGACGGGAAGAAUCUAUGUGAAUGCAGGUUUAAUAAUGUUCGGUGAUGAUGCCGCUGAAAUUGCACACUUUUAAUAAGUAACAAACUCUAAAUGAUUUCUCACGAUGUUAAUGAAACAUGAACAGUUGCGCUCAGCAUAGAAGCAAUGCAGCUUCAUCAAGACUGAAUAAGGGUUUGAAUGCAUCUCUUCGUUUCUGUAUCAUUUUUUGUGUAAUUUAAUGGCACGCAAAUUCAUUAAAGUUCAAAACGAACCGGAGCCGCACAUCACAGGUUCGCUGGGAAGCCAUCGUCGUUGCUCGGCACUCGUAUUUCUGUGCCUUGAAUGAUGACUUCGCUUGGAAAGGCUUUAACUGGAAUUAAUGGCGCGUGACGCCAUCGGCUCCGAUGUAAUGUCAAUAUUUGUCUGUUCUGGGGUUUGCGCACGUUUUACGUUCUUCAUUUGCGUGAGUCGUCAAGGAUGGAAACUCAUUAGGGACGUUCUCGUUCCUGUUUCACUGCGGAAAUGGAUCCUAAUAAUAAUUCUGGACAGCUGAGUGAAAAACGGUCCCACUUUGUAUUAAGUGGCUAUUAUGUACUUGCAUCAAAUAAUAAGUGCAAUGUACUCACAGUGGUCAUAUUGUACAGGAAAGCACUUUUCUUAAGGUUAGGGACAGGUUUGGUGGUAUGGGUAUAGGGAUAUAUAAGGGAUGGUUGAACAGUGUAAUAAAUUUAAUUGCAGAUAUUUUUAAAUGUAAAAAUAUGUAUGUACAUAAUAGGUGCAUUGUACCGAAUUUGUCUGGAAGAACUGAAUACUUUUAAUUAGCAAGGAUGCGUUACAUCGGUCAAAGGUGACAGUAAAGACAAUCUUACAAUUUUUAUUUCAAACAAAUUUAUUUCUGAGCGUUAGGAUCUUCAUGCAUCACCGUUGCAUGCAUUGACAAAGCAGCAUAUUACAACACAUUUAACAGCU